UGGUAUCCUGAAUAAUUAUAGUGACAUGCAUUACCACCCCAUGCCACCAGAGGGUAUAAUACCUGUUGGACCAUUGAGUAAAUACACUUAGAGUCAGAUAAGAGAAUACCUAGACGAGACAGGGAACGUGUAUGUGAGUAGUUGUGUUCGUGUCCAAUGAAGAGACAAUCAACACGCCUUGGAUCUACCGAGUGUUUUAUAAUUUAGUACACGUUAUCACAUAUUGACGACGAGGAUACUGGACGUACAAAGACAAGUGCUUGGCUGAAGACGGACAGUGGAUUGAAACACGGGGCGAACGGUAAAAAAAAUUAAAAAAAAGGACAAAACUGGCUAAAGGGCGAACACGGGAUCAGGCGGUGAGCACGUGAAAAGCGAACAUGAAUGUGAUGGUAGGAAACCUGUCAGCAUUUGAUGCGAAAGAGCAGACUUGGGAAGAGUACUGCGAGAUUCUGGAUCAGUUUUUUGAGGCUAAUGGAAUUAAUGAUGGAGACAAGCAAAGAGCUAUCCUCAUUAGCGUUGUGGGACCAGCCACAUACAAGCUCAUAAGGAACCUGGUGAGUCCGGAUAAGCCCAGUUCAAAAACAUAUGACCAGAUAGUAACUAUGAUGAAAGCCCACUUCAAUCCUAAACCGAGCGAGAUUGUGCAGAGAUACAAAUUUGACUCUCGUUCCCGUCAGCCUGGUGAAACUGUGAGUGCAUACGUAGCAGAGCUGCGACGGCUAGCUCAGGAUUGUAACUUUGGCACUACUCUGGAGCAAAUGUUAAGGGAUCGCCUUGUAUGCGGUAUCCAUGAUGAUAGGAUUCAGAGACGUUUAUUGUCUGAAACCGACUUAACAUUUGAGAAGGCAUUUCAGAUUGCCGUAGCUGCCGAAGCUGCCAGUAAAAAUGUCCAAGACCUACAGACCAAAGCCCCAUUGGCAUGCAACAGCCUUAAAACGGAGGGAAAGGAGAGAAGGGGAGAUUGGAAAAAGAAACAAUGCUACAGAUGCAAUGGAAAACAACACAGUGCAGCUGAGUGCAGAUUUAAAGAAGUAAAGUGCCACUGCUGCGGAAAAGUAGGACACAUCGCCAAGGCGUGUAGAAAUAAAAGUAAAGGGAGCUCGCGACCAGAUGAAAGGAAUCCAAACAGAGAAGAGCGGCGCGUGCGUCCACAGAAAGCACACAAGGUAUGUGAGAGGCAAGAUGGUGGUAGUUCUUCAGAGCAAGAAGAAGCAUUCACAUUAGCUUGCAUUAAUGCAGAAACGUCAAUUAGGGGAAUUAAGCUGUUUGAAGUAAAUGUGGAAGUGAAUAGGAAGGAAGUAAGCUUUGAAAUUGACACUGGAUGUAGUGUAAGUGUGAUGAAUGAGACAAAAUUUAAUGAAAUGUGGAAAGGGAACAAGCGCCCACAUCUAAAACAAACCCAACUCACACUGAAAUCAGUAGCAGAUGUGGAAGUAACAUAUGCCCAGCAAGUGAAGACAUUGCCCCUAGUGGUGGUGAAGGGUACUGGACCUAGUUUGCUAGGAAGAGCAUGGCUGGAGACACUAAAGCUGAAAUGGGAUGAGAUAAAACAUGUCAGAACAGAGACACAAGGGCUACAGCAAGUGCUCUCAAAGCAUGAAGAUGUUUUUAAAGAAGAGCUAGGCAUGUUAAAAGGCAUGAAAGCAACAAUUCGAGUGUCAGCUGAAGCCUGUCCCAAGUUCUACAGACCCCGCUCAGUCCCGUAUGCCAUGAGAACAAAGGUAGAAGAGGAGCUAGAGAGACUACAGAGAGAAGGCAUCAUAGAACCAGUUAAGUAUGCUGAGUGGGCAGCACCCAUCAUACCUGUUCUGAAGCCAGAUGGUUCUGUCAGGAUCUGCGGCGAUUAUAAACUAACAGUUAACAGGGCCUCCUCACUAGAGCAGUACCCCAUUCCCCGCAUCGAAGAUUUGUUUAAUACACUGGCAGGAGGGAAACAGUUCUCCAAAUUAGAUCUAAGUCAUGCUUAUCAGCAGAUUGUGAUGGACGAGGGGUCCAAGAAAUACCUAACGGUCAACACACAUCGUGGCCUGUUUACUUACAAUUGGCUCGCCUUUGGAGUGUCAUCUGCUCCAGCAAUUUUCCAGCGAACCAUGGAAAGCUUGCUACAGGGCCUGCCUAGAGUAGCGGUGUAUCUAGAUGACAUAUUAUUAACAGGGAGAGAUGAAGCCGAGCAUCUACGCAAGUUGGACGAGGUACUGAGGAGACUGAAGGAAGCUGGCCUGCGGCUUCACAGAGGCAAGUGUGCGUUCUUAAGAAAUGAGGUGGAGUACUUAGGUCAUAUUAUCAAUGCAGAAGGCCUGCACCCAGUGCAAAGCAAAGUGACAGCCAUUGAAGAUGCUCCACAGCCAACCAAUGUGACCGAAUUGAAAGCUUACCUUGGUCUUCUGAAUUAUUAUAACAAGUUCCUCCCUAACCUAGCCACAUGCUUAGCUCCGCUCCAUCAAUUGUUGAGAAAAGAGACCCAGUGGAUGUGGAACAAAGAGCAGGAAAAUGCUUUUCGAGUGUCCAAGCAGAUGAUAAAAUCAGCCAAAGUUCUGAGUCAUUACUCAGCAGACAAAGAGUUGGUACUGGCAUGCGACGCCUCACCAUACGGAAUAGGUGCCGUAUUGUCUCAGGUCAUGGAAGAUGGCAGCGAGAAGCCAUUAGGCUUUAUGUCGCGCACGCUGACACCAGCCGAGAAGCGCUACUCGCAACUCGACAAAGAGGGUUUAGCCAUCAUGUUUGGAAUUAAGCGGUUCCAUAAGUACCUCUAUGGACGAAUGUUUACAAUCAGCACUGACCACAAACCACUGAUCUCGCUUUUCCAUGAGAAGAAGCCGGUGCCUCAGAUGGGGUCACGGAGAGUGCAGCGAUGGGCAACCUUGCUCCGAGCGUAUGAAUACAAAAUCGUAUACAACCCAGGAAAAGAACACGCAAAUGCGGACGCGCUGAGCCAGUUGCCUCUGCCACAUACAGAGAAAGAGGACGACACAGACCAAGUCCUAAUGCUAGACGUGAUGGAAGAUCCACCAAUCACCACAGCUCAGGUGAAGCAGUGGACAGCGAAGGAUGGCACACUUUCGCAAGUGUUACUCUGGUGUCUGAAAGGAUGGCCAAAGGAGGUGGAUACAGCGUUCAAACCAUACAGCCAGAGGAAGCUGGAACUUAGCGUGAAAGAUGGAUGUGUACUCUGGGGGUCAAGAGUGGUAGUCCCGACGAAAGGAAGGAGUGUCAUACUGAGACAGCUGCAUGCCACGCAUCCAGGCAUAUCCAGGAUGAAGGGUUUGGCACGCUUGUAUGUGUGGUGGCCAGGGAUGGACUCCGACAUCGAGAAGGAAGUUCAGUCUUGCCACACCUGCCAAGAAAACAGGAAGUGUCCUGCAGGGGCGCCGCUUCAUCCCUGGGAGUGGCCUGAAACACCCUGGAGCAGACUGCAUAUUGACUAUGCCGGUCCUUACCUAGGCAAGAUGUUCCUGAUCAUUGUCGAUGCACAUUCCAAAUGGAUUGAUGUAUACCCAACAAAUAGUGCAACAAGCCAGGUGACUAUUGAGAAGCUGAGACAGUGCUUUAGCACACAUGGUCUGCCCCAGACAAUAGUAUCUGACAAUGGAACAUGCUUUACAAGUCAAGAGUUUGAGACAUUCCUGAAGCAGAAUGGAAUACAGCACAAAACAUCCGCACCUUUCCACCCGGCAUCCAACGGCCUCUCGGAAAGAGCUGUUCAGACAUUCAAACAAGGAAUCAAGAAAACAAAAGGAGACACUGGAACAAAAAUAGCCAGAUUUCUGUUCAACUACAGAAUUACACCACAAAGUACUACUGGCUUAUCACCGGCUGAAAUGCUCAUGUCCAGAAGACUGCGCUCCACACUGGAUCUUUUACUGCCUGAUGUGAAAUCCAAGAUUCGUAAGAAACAACUCAAGCAAAAAGAACAUCACGACACACGCAGUAAGGGGAGGAGUUUUAAUUCUGGAGAUGUCGUUUACAUUCGUAACUACAGCCAUGGACCAAAGUGGAUACCAGCCGUGGUAGACGAGAACACCGGACCUGUAUCCUACACGGUACAGACAGGGGAUGGACGCGUGAUGAGACGUCAUGUCGACCAGAUUCGUAAGCGUCAUGCAUCAUCAUCAAGGCAAGGCAAGUUUAUUUAUAUAGCACAUUUCAUACACAAUGGCAGUUCAAUGUGCUUUACAGAAGUAAAGCACAUGUCCAAGUGACAUGUCUAGUCCUGAGGUGAGAGGGGAGCCUGACAGCCUUCAGUUGCCAGAGCGAGCACUGGAGUUCGUGCCUGCAGACCCGGUCAUUCCGACUUCAGUAGGAGAGGAAGUGGCUGAGCAGCCUGCUGAGCCAGCCCAGGUUAAUCCUCAAGCUGAAUUCAUGCCAGAGGCAGGAGCUGAACCAUCACCUGUACUGCGAAGAUCUGAGCAUACCAGACAGACUCCUGCUUAUCUGAGAGACUUUGUUAGAUAGUAAGUGACAUCCCUCAAGCAAGAGCAAGAAUGCACUCUGGGAUUCACUGGAAGGAUGGCAGUCUACCCACCUUCCUAGCUAGUUCUUUUGUUGUUUUAAAAGGUAAAAAAAAACUAUUUGUAAACCUAUAUUGCCAUAGAGAUUUUUGAGUUAGAUUUUGGCAUUUAGCCUUUUAUGAGAGAGUAGAGUAUAACAGUGUUUAAUUCUUUUAAGACAUUCUUAGUUCUUGAUAGUAUGGCAUAUUUACAACUUUGCUGUUAAAGGCAAAAGUAAGGUUAAUGUUAAGGUGGCAGUUAAUGGGUACUUUCACCUGAGCAGUUUAAACUUAAGAGGGGAGGGAUGUGGUAUCCUGAAUAAUUAUUGUGACAUGCAUUACCACCCCAUGCCACCAGAGGGUAUAAUACCUGUUGGACCAUUGAGUAAAUACACUUAGAGUUAGAUAAGAGAAUACCUAGACGAGACAGGGAACGUGUAUGUGAGUAGUUGUGUUCGUGUGCAAUAAAGAGACAAACAACAGGCCUUGGAUCCACCGAGUGACUUGUCCAGGGUGUACCCUGCCUUUCGCCCGUAGUCAGCUGGGAUAGGCUCCAGCUUGCCUGCGACCCU